UGCUGAAAAAAGUGACCUAAGUUUCGUUUUUCUGACAGCGGAGUUUGGUCAAAAGGACCAAACUCUGCAGAGUUGCGUUCAUUCACCAACAUGUUUUCGUGGGGAGAGGAUCACCGGCAGAGCUUUCGCCGGAAAAAAGGCUCAAGUGUCCCAACUUCAGACGGAGUUCAGCUCCUGAACCUCAGCUUCCAUGUCAGGGACUUGUCUGCUGCGCUUAAUGUUCUCGCCUUCAUCAAAGAUAAUGGAGAAGCCUCUAUUAUCCGCACACAGGAGAGUGGAGAUGGGAGAAGAGGGAAACAGAAGUUUAUCAAUUGUGGUGAGAAGAUCCAGGCUGUUAGUUGCAGAGAAGAUGUUGUCAUGCUGUUGUCUGAUGGAGGUAGAAUCUUCUGCGUUGACCUAAAUCUCACUCCAUUCACUGCCAGCUCUCUGGAGGCUUUGUCCAACAUCCCAGUUACUCAGAUCGCCUGUGGGAACCAUCAUACUGUUGCUCUCAGCAAAGAUGGUCAGGUGUACACUUGGGGCCAGGAUUCCAGGGGUCAGCUGGGACUGGGUAGGAGUAAUUCUGGAGGCGGAUCACCCCGACACAUCCGAACUCUGUCAGCCAUCCCUGUGGUUCAGAUCUCUGUGGGAGGAGAGCACAGCUUUGCCCUCUCUGCGUCCGGAUGCGUUUUCGGCUGGGGCAGAAACGACUGCGGACAGCUCGGACUGGGAGACACUGAAGACAGAAAGACACCAACGCCUGUCAGUUGUCUGAACAUGAAGAAAGUAGUUCAUAUUUCCUGCGGAAAAGAGCACACUGUUGUUUUAACAAAGGAUGGUGCAGUGUUUACAUUUGGCUCCGGCCGAUAUGGACAACUUGGACACAACUCAUUCCGAGAUGAGCUCCGUCCUCGGCUCGUUGCAGAACUCUUGGGGGCAAAGGUCACCAAGAUUGCAUGUGGCAGAUAUCACACCUUAGUGCUGACCGACCCAAUGAAGGUGUAUUCCUUUGGUUGUAAUGACCAUCAGCAGCUGGGACGGGAAAAUGAGAGUCAAUCGUCCAUCCCACUACCUGUGCAACUGCCACUCUGUACCACGAAUGGUCACAGGAUUGAGACCAUCUUUGCAGGAGCAGAUUGUUCUUUUGCGACCUGGAGACCUACAGAGGAUGGAUUGAACUCAAAGACCAACAUAACACAGCAGCCCAUUGAAAGAAUGGUGGAUAAAUGGACCACUGAAUGUGAUGCAAAGUUGUGGAAAGUAAUAAAACAGGAAAUUUGUAGCACAUUCUCCUCCGCUUCAAUUAUGAAUCGAAGUUUCCUUUAUCAAAGCAAAGAUAUGCAUUUCCGGACUUCACCAAACUACCCCGGUUUGGAUUUGUCAUUGGCCAAAAGUGUGUUUGAAAAACUGACGAAUGACGAUGAUCUUCAAGCCAUUGUGGAAGAUGCCGCGCUGCUGUUGCUUCCCUCUCUUGAUAACAAACCAGUGGGAGUGGAAGGCUUGAGGGUCUAUCUGGUCCUGAAUGAGCUUCUUCAUGCUACUCAGCAACAGUGUAAACCACAGAGUUUGAGGCUAACUGAGGAGAUUUUUGCUGCCUUCCAAAAACUUCCUCCUGAAAGCCUUCAGAUUAUAGGAGACUGGUGGCAUUCACUGUCACCCUCUACAAUGGUCAGACAUGUAAAUGUAUGGAAGAUGGCCCUCUCAUGGACAGGUUCUGAUCGCUCAAUCAAGACUAUCCUGUUGAUCCUCCAGAAUAUGUACAAAGCCAACAAGAAGAAAAUUCCUGAAAAGACAUUUGGUGUGGAGUUUCACCCAAUAUUUCUUAAAAAAGAUCUGCAGCUUUGGCGUACAAUGUCAAAAAACAAGAUUGGGGAUAAUCCGCCCCUCAUCCUCUGUGAUUUCCCAUUUGUUAUGGAUCUGAAGUCAAAGAAAAUGGUUUUUGAUGAGAACGUUUAUUUGACUCAGAUAGAGCACCAGACUUCACAAAAGAAGGUUUUUGAACUGAAUCUGAGCCGAGCCUCACAUAUGGAGGAAACCUUCAUUCAGCUGGCCGCUGCUCAUCCAGCAGACCUUAAGAAACCACUUUUGGUGCAUUUUGAUGGAGAUACAAAGAUCACACGAGUCUACAGGUCGGACUUUUUUCACCACCUCAACGUAGUGGCACAAAAAAAAGAGAUGUUUACGUUGAACGACUCUGAAACACUGGCGUGGUUCUCCUCCAGAGCAGCAGAGAGGGACAAGGCAAACAUCCGCCUGUUUGGGAUUCUGUGUGGAUUGGCCUUAUAUAAUAACAGCAUUGUAAACUUGCCGUUCCCACUGGUUCUGUUCAAAAAGCUGCUCGAUGCUGAACCGACUCUGGAGGAUAUGAUGGAGUUCAGCCCAGCAGUAGGACGGAAUCUGCAGUACAUAUUAGACUAUGAAGAUGAUAACCUGGGAGACCUGGACAUAACCUUUAUGAUUAACUGGGACAAUACAGAUGUUGACCUUGAUCCUAAAAAUCCAGAAAAGCUGGUCACAAACCAAAAUAAGAAGGAGUUUGUGGAUGCCUACGUGAAUUAUGCCUUCAACGUGUCAGUGGAGAGUGUGUUCCAGGAGUUCAAGCAAGGCUUCUUCCAGGUGUGUGACCAACAGCUGGUGAAACUUUUUAGGCCAGAGGAGCUGCGGGGACUGCUGGUGGGUGGAGACGUCUAUGAUUGGGCAAAACUCAAACAGAACACACAGUAUGAGUGGGUCAACGACAAACACCCAAUCAUACAGAUCGACAAACACCCAAUCAUACAGAUGUUUUGGAAGGUGUUUGAUGAACUUACUGAAGAACAGAAGAAAGAUUUUCUUUGGUUCCUGACAGGGUGUCGGAAAGUUCCUGUUACUGGCAUGGGCCAGAUCAGGAUGAGACUUCAAAUCCUGAGUGGUUUCCAUGAUCAGCAUUUCCCAGAGUCACUGACAUGUCACUCUAUUCUUCAACUGCCAGUAUACUCGACCAAAGAGAUCAUGCAGAAAAGACUGACGGAGGCCCUGAAACCAGAGAGAGGAUUCAGAGAUUGAUCUGAAUGUGUCAAAAAUGAAAACAUCACACACACUGACUCAGGACAAUGUAUUGCAAUGUGAUGAAAGUGAAGGAAAGCACUUUAAAAAAAUUAAGAAGAAAAUAUACUGUAUUCCUUAACACUAAACCAGUGAUCUGCAACCUUUACAAUUCAAAAACCCAUCUUUGCCCUCAGUCCAGCUAAAUAAAACUCUUAUAAUUACAACUUAUAUAUUUUUUGAUAAAUAUCUACUAUAGAAAAUGUUAUUUUUUUCUAUUUUUAGGUUUUAAAAUGAAGAAAACCAUAAACCCUUUGCAAAAAGAGGAUGGGUACAUUUUCUUUUAUAUUGAUAUUUGUGAAAAAUUAUGUUUCUAACCUCAUGACAAGAAAAACAGAUCUAACAUAUUACUGGUACUUUUAGCGUCAUUUUGUUGUGGAAAUUAUAUUUUUCCAUGAAAACAAAUUAAAAUAAGCUAAAACCUGCAUUUAUUAUUAUAUUAACAUUUAAAAACAUAUAUUAAGUUAUUAAGGGCCCUUGUAAAAGGUCCAAAGAGCCACUUGCAGCUCCAGAGGCACAAGUUGCACACUCCUGCACUAAACGGAAAAACAAAUAGUUUUUCCUCUCUCAUUUUCUGCAUUUUUCUGUGAUUAUUUGACGUACCUUUGUUUACACAACUCUUUCCAAGAUCAUGUUUGUACUGUGAUUUAUGGAUGUGAAGUUGAGAACAAUCAAUGUAUAUAUAUAAAAACAUAUUUCCUUAUGUAUUUAUUAAUAUUUUCUAUCUUUUACUGCAAAUUUGAAUUCUGUAUAUUAUUCUUAUUGUUAUUUCUGAUGUGACUUUGUUGCCCGAGUGUUAGAGCAAAGAAUAAGAAGGAUUUUUUAUUUGUUUUACUAUUUGUGGCACAAAUGAGAUUCUUAAAUCCUCUCAGUUAAAUAAUGACCACAACAGCUAAUGAUUGGGAUUCAGGUAUUACAUUUUAAAAAUUUGAAUAUUUGUUUAUUGUUUGUGAUUUUUGACUUUCAAGUGUCUUAUUUUAAACUAUUUUAACUAUUUAAUAAAGUAUAAUGCGAUUCAAAAGAA